CUUCCACCAGAGACAGAGAGGAAAACGGUAAGAAAAGAAGUGAAAGCAAACUGUGUCGAUCAAUUGAUGCAUCACGAGAAAGAUAUGUGCAUCCAAAAUUGCCAUAGUGAAUGAUAUGUAGUAGAUCACCUGGUUUACAGGUUCUCUUUGGAAAAUAACAAAAUCAUGAAAGCUACAAAUGUUAUUGAAAAAAAAAAAGAACAAAGGUAUUGUUCUAUCACCAUCUGAUUGUCUUCUAUCCUCAUGAGGUAAGAAAUCUCUUCAAAUAAGAACCAGAGCAACACUGUGUCGUGUGAUUAUUAGAAAGAAAACACUGUGUCGUGGGAGACUUGUGAUUUUUUGCCAACGAAAAAAUCUGAUAGAAGGUUCGUUUUAGUUAGUCUAGACAUUAAAGAUUGUACUGUGGAUUCUUGUCCCAUCUUGUCAAUUUUUGAGUGUAAUAUUUACUAAAGCAGUCAAAAACUAAGUUUUCCAGAUACUAGGGUAAGAUCACUUUCUUGUCUUCUCAGACUUGAGUCUUACUUCCUUGGAGAAAAAUAAAAAGUUUUGAUGCAGGGCUAUUCUUGCUAGUUUUUUUCGCAUACUUACUCAAGAUAGCACAAAGUUACGAUUUGCAUUGAGUUUCUUGGUAUUUAUGUUCAAAUGGCCAUUUGAGCAUUCACAGGCCGUUUUCCUAGUUGAUAGUAGGUGACACUUAUUUUUUCGUUCAAGAAUUUUUUUCGUUGGAAAGUGCUCAUAACGAAGAGAUUCUGGUGUAAUUACAGUCUAACAAAGGAACAAGAUGUCGGUGAAAGCGGUCCGUGAGUUCCACGGAAAGCAGAUGCUUUAUAGGCAUCUCUACAAGGAUGAGGGUUAUCAGGGCGUCCUCGUCACGCCGAAAGUCUGGCAGGCGGAUGAUAUUAGUACUGACCACAUAGGCUGCUUGUACUUGUAUGUUGUAGACUCCUUUUCGGCUUCCGAGUCUAGUGAACUGUCACCUUCUUCUUCUUCUUCUUCUUCUUCUUCUUCUUCUUCUUCUUCUUCUUCUUCUUCUUCUUCUUCCCUCUGUACUGUAAUAACUUUCGCUUCGUUUCCUUCCACAAAAGUGAUCUACAUUUACACUCUCCCUAAUACAUACUAGACUAGUAGUACCCUCUUCGGCGCUUGAGGCGCAGGGCUGGGGCAGGAGCCCAAUCUAAUCUAAUCUAAUCUAAUCUAAUCUAAUCUAAUCCAUAAUCUAAUCUAAUCUAAUCUAAUCACUCUCACCGCCAUCCAAUGCCAAUCAUUUACCCACAGACUUCGCCUGGGAGUCUCUCACUGCCCAGCAUCCUUGGCUGUUGACGGAAAAACUGGUCGUCAAGCCCGAUCAGCUGAUCAAGCGACGUGGCAAAGCAGGGUUGAUCAAGAUCAACUGUACCUUUGAGGAGGCUAAAGAUUGGAUCAUGGAGAGACUGCAUAAUUAUGAUUGAAUCUUCUCCUUCUUCAGCAAAGAAGUUUCUUGCAUCCUCGCUCUUCCUUCACUAUCACUUUUUUCUUUUCUAAUAUGAAAACUAGGUUUUCUUUUUCUCCCUCUAAUUUUCCUCUCUCCGUAUAUGUUUCGGCUCUUCCACCCGUUUACUAUAAAUGCCCUUCUUAUUAUACUCUCCCGUCUCGGCCCAUCCAUUUCUCUAUCCCUCUUCCAUUCCCUUCCUCUCUCCCUCUCCUCCUCGGAUCUCUAAUCGGCAGAAGUGACGAUCGAGAAUGUGAAGGGUAUGCUAACCCACUUUCUGAUCGAGCCCUUCCUCCCCCAUAAGCAAGAGGACGAAUACUACGUCGCGAUCCAGAGCCACCGUUACUUCGACGAAAUCUUCUUCUUCCACGAAGGCGGUAUCAAUAUCGGGGAUGUGGAUGCGAAGGCAGAACGCCUGAAAGUCAAAACAAGCGCAAAAACCGUCACCGAAGAUGAAGUCAACAACUUGCUGUGCCAGGUAUUUGAAAAGAAGUACUAUAUGAUUCGAAUUCGAUCGUGUUUGUGGGUGUAUUUGUGGUGAUAGAGAGUUAUCUACUGCAGGACGUUAGAUCAACCUCCUCACAACUUCAACAUCAGAGAAAUUCGGAGAACACAGAGGAGAUUCAGGGAAGUCGUAGGCCCAAUCCGAACCGACUACCAUCAUCAUCGACUUCAGGACGAGAAUGCGAAAGAACCCCCCUAAAUCUAAAUCUAAGAAAGACCUCACUGCGAGAGCAAGAUAAUGGAGACUUCUUGCCAUACUACCACGCUCCUUCAUUCAAAAGGAUCAUUCCACCAUCUUUCACAGGUCCCCUUAACCCGCAAGAAGAUCCUUUCGGACUACAUCAGAGCGUUGUUCGAGUUGUACGUGGAUUGCCAUUAUUCGUACUUGGAAAUCAAUCCUCUGGUCGUCACGGACAUUGUAAACCCCAAGACCAACAUUCCGGAGGCUAAGAUCGUACCUCUCGAUCUCGCUGCCAAGAUUGACGAAACAGCACACUUUCUGUGCGUUAAAAAAUGGGGUGAAGUCGACUUCCCCACCGGUUUCGGAUCGCAUGAGUACCCGGAAGAAGAAUUCAUCCGCAAGAUGGACGAAAAGACAGGCGCUAGUUUGAAGUUGACGGUGUUGAACCCUGCUGGUCGUGUGUGGCUCAUGGUUGCUGGGGGUGGCG